AUGAAAUCGGACAGAAUCAAGGGCAUUUUCAAACUGAAGCACAAGAAACCGCUAAAGGUUAAAACGCUUAGGGAAUAUUUUUUCGACAAUAAAAAAGUGAAGCGAAAGAAAUUAUUAAAGGAUUCCAAUGAGGAAGUUUUGUUUUUGAGUGAUAAUCCAAUAUCUCAGCAUUACGAUAACCUACAACAAGUAGAUAGUCAAAAGCAGCCCUUAAAGGACUCCACGAAUACCAGCACCCCCUCUAAGCACAAGCUAAACAACAACAAUAACAACGAAGAACACCAAAACCACCAGGAACCGGAAUCAACCCAGAAUUCCGGAAACACUCAACAACCCGGCAGUCGGUCGUUGCAGUGCUUGGAGACUUUGGCUCAGAAAGCGGGAAUUCACGAUAUCACUGCGGACGAUUGCAAAUAUGACAUCGCAAACACUCUGUUGAAUUUGGACAGGGGACACGAGUUCAUCAAGCAAAGCGUCGACAGCGUGAAUCACAACAACAUGGCCGACUUGCAAAAGCAACAGCAGCAGCAGAUGGCCGACGCGAACGCGCAGGCUCAGGCGCAAGCCCAAGCUCAGGCUCAAGCCCAGGCUCAAGCCCAGGCGCAAGCCGUUCAGCAGCAGCAACAACAGAUGCAGCAGGUUGCGAUGCAACAGCAACAAGAGCAACAACAGCAGCAACAACAACAACAACAGCAGCAGCAGCAGCAACAGCAACAGCAAACUUUAGUGCCUGCUCAAAGCCCUCACUUGCAACAGGUUACAGUCGGUGGUCAAUGUGUUCAGGCUGCCACCUCCAUGGGUCCCCCGCAGCAUUCAGUAUCAAUGCACCAACAAGUGGCCCAACAGGGACAAGUACUUCAGACCCAAGGCGGUCAAGUUUUGACCACGGCUCAAUCCGGUAGCACCACGAUAACGACGAUGUCUCCUUUGCAACAAAAUCAAGCGCAUUCUCAGCAAAUCAACGCUGCUGAUUGGAGUCAUGGAAGAGUGCAAGUUAUACAGCAACCCAUGCAGAACCCAACCUACUUGCAGCAGUUGUACAACCCCCAGGGUCAACUGUUGAUGCCCGGUAAUAUUAGCAAUAUUGCCUUACAUCCUGGCAUCAACCCACAACAAAUACAAGUUAUCACGAAACCUUUCCAAGGAAAUCAGCUGACCCCUCACAUGAUUACCACUGCCCAAGGCAAGCAAGUCAUACAAGGUAACCAAGCAACAAAUUUUCCUGGUUAUACUACAAUACCAACAACUCAAAACCAACAAACAUUGGUUUUUAGCCAACUGGGCGUAAUAAGCUCACAGCCAAAUAUACUGCCCAAUCACUCCCAGGGAAAUGGCCAAGUGAAUCAACAAAAACCUCAAGAAAUGCAUAAGGUUAUGGGCGGCCAAAAGGUUGUGCAAAAAAUUACAACAGGCGCAGGUCAGGUUGCGCAAGCGCAACCGCAACAGGGCCAGUGCGUGCAGGUCUCGCAGGCAAUGCUCGGUUCCCAACCGACUGCGCAAAUUAUAUCGCCAUUGCAACCUGGAGGACAGCAAAUGCAAUUUGCACCAUGGCAAUUUGCCACCAAUGGUAUCCCGCAAGUAUGGACCACCAAUGGUCUCCAAUCGCAAGCUCUAUUAGCCCCCAACGCCCCUAUUUUCAUCAGGGGCACGCAACCGGACGGUAGCCCUGGAAUGUUCAUUCAACAAUCGCCCCAAGCAGCUACCAUACAAACCCAACAAAAUCAAGCUAUUGCUACCCAGGGCACAGUUCAGCAAAUACAAAAACAAAAACCUGCUGAAAAUAUACAGCCCAAGCAAGCCACCUCAAGACCAUUGAAUAUUCUGCCCUCCAAUGCGGCCAACAUUAGACCUGCAAGUUCGGUCUCCACUCAAACAAUUUCUGCUCAAACGCCGGCUUCUAUGGGUGGUAAGCCUGGAGCCAAGAUAAGGACCAAAGCUCCUCAAAUCAGGACUUCCCCCGCUCCAAAGGCCGACGCUGCCAACCAAACGCAAAUCAAAUCGUUCAACAAUCUUCAACAGCAUCAUAUUGUUAAUAACAAAAUGUUGGUAAUGAACACUUCGACUGGCUUAACAACUAUGACACCUGGCUCGCCAAUGACAGCAGAGAAAGCUCAACAAUUGGCCAAUCAGAACAAGAAUCAACAGCAACAGCAGCAACAACAAACGCAACAGGUUAUCUUGCAACAACAGGCCAUUCAACAAAAUCAACAGCAACAAGCAAUCCAACAGUUCCAAUUGCAACAAGGCCAACAACCCCAGCACAUUCAACCCAAACCAAUAAUGACAGUUCAAACCUUGCAAGGAAUUCCUCAACAACAAAUACAAAUAUCUGGAGAUAGACCCAUAAUGCCUGUAGUGUCAAUGUCGGCAGCCCAAGGCAGCCAGCAGGUACAACAGUUGCAACAAACAAUCCAAGGACAAACUAUCCAACAAGGAAUACAGGGACUUCAAUCCAAUUUGGCAGUCACACAGCAGCAAAUGCAAAUGGGAAUGAUUCAUCAGCAACUACAGCAAAUGGCACCUCCCGGUACAAUUAUUGGACAAAUUCAGACUGCUCCAGCUCAGCCUUCUGCCAUUCCGCAAGUAGCAGCCAGUCCCACACAUAUUCAACAAUUGCAACAACAGCAACAAACAAUAACAAUAUCGUCGCCUCAGCAAGUUCCUUUGCCCGCAACUGUGCCGCAAAUUAAACAGGACCCCGGCAAUCAAAACAAUUCCGAGGAUAAUCAGCAAGGAAAUCAUGCUACUGGCGAAAAUGCCAAGCAAAAUGGAAUGGACACUUCAGGUUCGACACAAAUUGAGGUAAAAGAAGAAACCAAACCAUUAAACAGCGUGGAACCCAGCGGACUGCAGCCGGCGCCAAUCCCAGGCACUGUUCCAUCCCAACAAUCCAACCAAACCAAUGAAAACGGUCUUCCAAUCGCCGUCACAGCCGAAGAAGUGAAAGAACGGUGCCCCCCUAAAGCCAUGGUGAAACCCCAAGUGCUCACUCACGUAAUCGAAGACUUCGUCAUACAAGAGUCGUCGGAACCCUUCCCCGUGACGAGAAACAGUCUGUUAGGGGACAUUAAGCCCACGCAGUCCGACAAGGACGACGAGCCCCCGCGCAAAAAGCAUGCCCCUUCGCCGAAUGGGCUAUCUCCGAAAGGGGACAUGGCCAAAUGCGAGGCAUGCGGUACUAUCGAUCUCAAGUCCAAGUUUAAGAAGAAUAAACGGUUUUGUUCCGUGGCUUGCUCCAAAAGUAGUAAAGAUAAGAAAAAUAAAUGGGACAAAGAUAACAGCAUGGAGGUUGAUAUUGAAUCUGGUGCUGAAAGCAGUCCAAAUGGUACUACUGAAGAUGAUACGCCAAAAAUUGAUCCCAUCAGAUGGACGGUUCCUGAGGUGGUAGAAUUCAUUAAGAACCUCCCUGGUUGUUCGGAUUAUGCUGAAGAUUUCUUGAUACAAGAAAUCGAUGGUCAAGCCUUGAUGCUGCUGAAGGCAGAACAUUUAAUGAACGCGAUGGCCAUGAAAUUGGGACCCGCCCUAAAAAUUGUUGCCAAAAUUGAGGAUAUGCGGAUCGACAAGGAGCCUCCAAAACAGAACUAAUUUAUUUGUUAAUUUUGUAGAUAAUUUAUUUAACUUAUUUCCUUAAGACUGCAGAGUUUUGUUUAAUUUAAUUAAGUUGACAAUACUGUUUAGUAACAUACAAAGUGUAGUUUUUUUUAAUUCUGACUAUGAUGGUUUACUUAGGUUUUUAAGUAAAGGAUGUUUAUGUUGUUUGUUAAAAAAGUAUUUCUAUUUUGGUUUGUGACUUGUAAAUAUUGUAUAAUAUUGUACUACUUUUAGUUCAUUUGUAAAUAAUAAAAAACUUUAAUAUAUGUAUAUUAU